AUGACGACAACAACGAAAAAUUCUUUGACAAAUAAUUCAUUUGGUUUUUCAUCACCGAAAUUGUCAACAGCACAGUCGACAUGUAAUAUCUGCAAGCGUCAACUAUAUUUAUUUGAAGAAAUUCUUGUUUGUCAUCUAUGUCGCGGUGCGUAUCAUUGGCGUUGUGUGAGACCUGAAACGGUCUCUAUCUAUGGUGACAAUGCGCAUUUCCUAUGUGAUCAAUGCAAUCAUGAUGGAAUAUCAACAACAACCACCGCCAUUCCUUCUAAUCGAUUCUCGAAUGAUGGUCUAAAAACAAAAUCAGCUGAUUCAUUAGAAGCAAAUUAUAGAGAAUCUGUAAGUACAUCAUCGAAAUCAAAUACAAUACCAACAAACGAUACGACUGUUGUUACUACUAUACGAUAUUUUGACGGAAACGAACAAGAACUACCAUUAAAUUCAAUGUCUCAACUAAAUGGAUAUAAUGAACAUUUGUUAUCACAAAUGAAUGGUCAAUAUACCGAUGAUAGUAAGACAAAUUACCAACAUCAAGAACAAAAAAAUCGUAUAGGAAGCGACGACGAAAACACAACAACAGAAAUGUUUCAAGCUACUUAUCAAUAUACACCACUGAAAGAAUAUGCUGCACUGAGAAGUGAUCCAACGACGAUCGACACUAAUACAUAUGUUUAUCAAAAUUCUUUAGCAGCUGAUUCUGAUCAUCAAUUGUCAUCAUCUCGUUAUGGUGGUAGUUUACAUUAUACAAACAAUGACUAUGAAUCAACAAAAUCUCAUGCUGUUAUAUCUCCAGUAAAUAAUGUAACAUCUGCUACAAGUUCUACCACUGAAAUUUUACCAGUUUACAAUCGUCAGCAACAUUUUAUUAGUACUACGAAUUUAAGUGUAAAUGAUACACUGCCUCGCCAUCAACAACAACAACAGAAUAGCCAUAAAAGUAGUCUUCAUUAUUCAACGCCCUAUUUGUCUCAACUUCGCGAUGAUGAUUCAUCAACAUUUAAACAUCCAUGCCAACAUCACCACCACCACCACCACCAACAACAACAAUUUAAUGAUCGUUAUUCAAAUGUUGGCAGUGAUUCAGGUAUUGUUAUGGUUCAAUCGAACCACCAACAAGAAACCAAGAAUGAUAAUAAAGUGAUGGAAAAAAAAUUAACAGAUUUAGUUCAAAAAUUAGGACAACAAUUAGAAACUGAUACACAAAAAUUAAGUGACAAAUUAGAAACAAAACUAAAGAAUUUAGAACAUAUGAUUAAUCAACAAACAUUUAUUAUCCGAGAGCAAGAUAGUGUCAUUGAACGUUUGAAAGCUAAAAUAUCGAAAAUCGAAACAGAACGUGAUCAUUUUCGAGAUCGACUGUCAAUUCAUGAACAGCGUGAACAAGACGACAAAACAAUUCCUAUAGCAAAAGUAAUAGAUAAAAAUGCGAACGCACGCGAUAUUGAAGAAAUAUAUUACAAUAAUUCACCGAAUAGAAAGCAAUCAAAUAGUUCAUCAGUCGUUACAGACAAUAACAGACGAUCGAGCAAAAAGGUUCCCGCUCCACGAGCUGACAAUUAUGGUCAAAUAUCUAAUAAUGACAAUGAAUCAAUUAUUGCUAGACUUGUUAAAAAUGAUCUAGUGGAUUCACAUUUUCGUGCGUCUGAUGUUUCAAAUAUACCGAUGGCUAAUAUAUUAGCUGCAUGUGUACCUCUAACAGAAAAACCAGCUGCAGCUAAUCGUCUUCAUGAUAUAAUUCAUCAAUCAAACACAAGCGAUACAACUGAUCCAACAUCGGCAUAUUACAAUGUUCAUCCUAAUGAUUCGAAACAAUAUACUGAGCGAAGUUCAAUGGGUCAACCUGACACAACAACCAGUAUACCACAUAGUGAUGAACGACUCGACCGAAUAAUGACAUCUCCUAUGGAAUCAAAUCGAUCAGCGUCACCAUCAACAUCAUCUGCUGCAGGAUCAAUGCAUGAUAUUACGAAUAAUAUCAGACCGAGCAAUCCUUAUGCGUUCCCUGUUAUAAAUCCUAAUGGACAUCGAAGCUUGGAAGUAUUACCUCAAAGAUCUCUAACCGACGCUGGAUUAAAAUCGAAUACGAAAGCAAUUUCAUUGGAUUUGAAUCCACAAUUGAAUCGAAAUAAUGAUCAAGAUUCGAUCUAUUUUACACCAAAAGAAGCACCUCAUCCAGCUUCACAAUAUGAAAAUGUUGCUAAAGGAUGGCUUCGAAAACAAAAUCGAGAUUCAAUUUUUAAACGAAUUGAAAAUUAUUAUUUUGUUUUAUCAAAUGAUGCGCUUUUAAUGCAUAAGCAUGAUUAUGAUAGAGCUGCAUAUAAAGCAAUAAAUCUUAAAGGUGCGAAAAUACGUAUGAUUGAAGAUCCAAAACAUGGGUCAACUCUUGAAUUGAAUUGGACGCCGGUAAACAAACAAGCCAAACAGUAUCAUUUAUAUGCAGCGAGCAAAGAAGUAGCUGAAAAUUGGUAUCAGGCUAUUCAAACUGCUAUAACUCAUUUAGCGGAGAAACCUAAGUGGACUCAAUAUCGUUUGAAUUGA